UCUGCCACCCCCCUCACCUCUGGGCACAGUGUGCGAGACUGAGUUCAGCCCCUUCAGCUGGAGGCUCGGGUUUAUCUGGGACCAAAGAGAAAGCCAUUCAGGAGCUGUGCGCCGCGAGGUGAAGGAAGGCUCCGUAGCGGACUCUGGGGGGAGGCGAGAGAGGACCGGGAACUGUGGAUUUGACCCCUUUUAUUUUUCCGCAUAAACCCGUGUUUGUGAGGGCGAGUGGGGAGCUAUGGCGAUGUUCUCCGCUCUGUGGGUGCUCUUACUGUGCCAGCUUUUGACAUCAUCCUCGGCCCAGAGGCCGGGCCCCAGAGGACCCACUGGGCCACAAGGACCCCCAGGGGCCCCAGGAAGGGAUGGCACCGAUGGCAAACCUGGACCUCCUGGACUGUCAGGGAAACCAGGCCCCAAAGGGAAAGCAGGAAUACCAGGGUUACCAGGGCAACCGGGUCUGCCAGGACUUCCAGGAGUAGAUGGUUUGACGGGUCCUGAUGGUCCUGCUGGCAAGGAUGGACCCCCAGGGGAACCAGGUGAACCUGGACCUGCAGGGCCACCUGGACCUCCCGGCAGAGGGAGACCAGGAGCUCCAGGAUUACCUGGAACCAACGGGUUGCCCGGCGGAGCUGGACCUCAGGGUGCUGUGGGUCCCGAGGGCCUUCCAGGACUUCCUGGACCUCCUGGCCCUGAUGGACCCCCAGGUCUUCCUGGUACUCUUCAAGAUCUCAGUGGUGACCUUCUGUGUCCUGCAAUCUGCCCCCCUGGUCCCUCCGGUCCUCCCGGGAUGCCAGGAUUCAAAGGUCACACUGGACACAAAGGAGACAAGGGAGAGGCUGGAAAAGAUGGAGAGAAAGGUGACUCUGGUCCACCGGGCCCACCAGGUAUUCCCGGCACUGUGGGUCUGCAGGGCCCUCGUGGUCUGAGGGGUUUACAAGGCCCAAUGGGAAAUGUAGGAGACCGAGGUCUCCCAGGUUUCAGAGGCAAGCCGGGCAUCGCCGGCAUCAUUGGAAAGACAGGUGACGCUGGGGAAAAAGGACCACAGGGAUUCAGAGGACCCAAAGGAGAAAUUGGUAAAAUUGGUGCCAAAGGUGCUCCCGGUGGAGCUGGACCCAAAGGGGAGCCUGGUAUUCCUGGCAGAGAUGGCAAAGAUGGAACUCCAGGGUUGGAUGGCGAGAAGGGUGAUGCUGGGCGCCAUGGAGUAGUUGGAGAGAAAGGACCAAAUGGCCUUCCUGGUCUGCAAGGAAAGGCUGGUGCAAAGGGAUCUAAAGGAGAAGUUGGUGAUCCAGGCAAGGCUGGAGAGACUGGACCCUCUGGAGAGCCAGGUAUUCCUGGAGAGAUUGGCGUCCCAGGAGAGAGGGGGGUAGCAGGUCCCAGAGGAGUGGCGGGAGGUAUUGGGCCAGCGGGUAACGCUGGGCCUCAGGGAGUCAAAGGCUUCCAGGGAAUCAAAGGAGCCUUGGGGGAUCCAGGUCUUCCAGGACCAACAGGAAUCCGUGGAGAGUUUGGUGAAAGGGGUCCGGUCGGAGCUUCUGGAGCUAAAGGAGACAUGGGUGUGGCAGGAAGUGAUGGUUUACCAGGAGAGAACGGAGAACCUGGUCCUUUCGGGCCAGUGGGACAGAAAGGACAGCCGGGGAAGCGGGGUGAACUGGGCCCUAAGGGCGUGUCGGGUCCACAAGGAGAGCUCGGAGCUAGAGGGCCUCCAGGAAAACAAGGACCAAUGGGCUUCCAGGGUGAACAAGGUCUGCCUGGAAUCGCAGGAAAGACCGGUGUACCUGGUAGACUGGCGAGUGAGCAGCACAUCAGAGAGCUGUGUGGCUCAAUGAUCGAUGACCAGAUUGCACAGCUGGCUGCUAACCUGCGAAGACCCUUGGCCCCUGGGAUGGUGGGCCGCCCCGGGCCUUCUGGGCCUCCAGGAACGCCAGGUGAUGCUGGUUCGAUCGGGCACCCGGGAUCCCGAGGACCACCGGGGUACAGAGGCCUGCCAGGAGAGCUCGGAGAUCCAGGUCCCAGAGGUGAUGUUGGUGAGCAAGGCGACAAGGGACCGAUUGGCAAAGCCAUUGAUGGGCCCCCUGGCGACCAGGGACACCAAGGUCUCCCAGGUGUACCUGGCAUUGUCAAAGAUGGUCGUGAUGGGUCUCCAGGAGACCCAGGUGAGCCUGGAGAGCCAGGCAGGGUGGGUAGGACUGGGCACCAUGGACCUCCUGGAAUCUGUGAUACAUCGGCCUGUCAGGGAGCAUCAAUCGCCGGGAAGUCCUCCAACCCUAAAAACCAUUAAACACGACUUCCUGCAACCUGACGACAUCAACUCCAAGGAGGAAGGAAGAAAGGAAGGAAGGAAGUAAAGGAGAGAGUGACCACAAAAACGUCCUCUUUAUUUAAAUUCAUGAGUCACACGAUGGGAGAGUAACAUCAGCAGGUGUGAUAUAUUGAGAGGAAUAGAGGAACAUCCCAGGAGCGACAUGAACACCAGAGCAACUGAGACGCAAACAAAUCCAAGAUGACAUCCAGAAAAAAAAGUGGACAGAGGAACAGAGAAGUGCAGAAGAGAACAACUGCAUCGGUUCAAGUACCAUCACAUAACAAGACUUGACUUACAAACAACUGUAGAAUGAAUGAUGAGUCCUUUGUGUAAAAAAACUUUGUACAUGUUGUUUCCAUGCCCAUAUUACUUUUGGUUAACAUCCUUCUGGCAGGUAACACUCUUAAAACAACAGUGACUGUCUCUGAAGUGCAUGUGCAUUUAUCACGGCCCAUUAUGUAAAUCACAGGUGUUACCUCAACAUACAAGCUUACAGUGUAAAAUAUGGAAACAGGAGCCUGAGGCAAAAAGCCUCUACGGAGGAGCUGUGUAUGUAUUGUAAAAGGAAUAAAAGACAAAUACCCGGGUGCCCAGAAAUUGUGUAGAUUAAUGCAAAAAAAAAAAAAAAAAAGCUUUUGAUAGUCUUUUUUACAGCUUGUUUUCUCUCUCUUUUUUUUAAUUACAUGUGAAUUUGAUUCUCCGGAAUUGAGAAUCAAAAGCAAGAUAAAACUUGUGGAUGGAUAAAUUAGAUAUUGUAAAAUACAAAAGACAUUUUAGGAGCUAAGUUUAAAAAUAAUAAUAAUUUUUUCCAAUCUGCAAUGACCACAUCCACUAUGUACUACCGGUGCUGUAACUAUUAAAUACACAUGACUUUAAAUACUAUUUAUUAUUUGUGGGUGACUGUUGUAUGUACAGUAAGAUGCUACAGCGACAUGUUGUAAGAAAGAACAAAUAAAGCCACUUUUCAGUAAAA